AUGAGGUUAGCAACGCCCUUUGCACUCUCUCAGACCUUGCUUUGGGCAUCAGCUGCUAUCCUGUCCAGCUCCAGAGGCAUCAAAGCUUGCAACAGCUGGAAGGCGAGCCCGGUAAAGGCCAAGGUGGAGGAUACGAAUCUUCGCGCUGCCAUCAUCGCCCUCACAAACGAACAAGAUCUCCCACGCAUCAUCGGCACUGUCGCACAGCUGGAACGCUCGUUCAACGAGGACUACGAGUACGACUGGAUUUUCUUCAGCUCUACGGAUCUCAGCGAGAAUUUCCGCCGCCAGACGUCUAAUGCCACCAAGUCCACCUGCUUGUAUGAGAUCAUCUCGAAUGAGCACUGGCGACGCGCCAGCUCGGCUCACUGGAAUCCAGCAUUUCUUCUUCGCGAGCAGCGAAUGAGGGACUAUGACUGGUUCUUGAGAGUUGAGCCUGGUUUUCCCCGCCCCAUCGGCUUCGAUGUCUUCCGCUUCAUGCGCGACAACGGCAUUGCGUACGGUUUUACAGAGUCUGCGUUCGACUACAGCAGUCUGGAGACCCUAUCGCCGCAGAUCAGAUCCUUCAUGGAGAACAACCCACACCUGCUUCACCAAGACGCCGAUCUCGGCUGGCUCCUGAACACCGCGACGAGGCCUGCAGCUGCGGAGGGUCUGACCGAGACACACGGUGAGAACCUUGCCUUGGACAUUGGGGCUGAGUACAAACAGAAGUGCAAACACAAGUGUUUGAGCAAGGAAUCGCCAACGGAUUCGUUCGCAGAUGCAUUCUCCGCUUGGCUGAGCAACCUGUACCCCCCUUCUUUUGAGCUCGGAUCGAUUGGUUUCCUCCGCGGUGAAAGCCAUCAGGCACUGAUGAGCCACCUUGAGAGCCUCGGUGCGGUGUUACAGUAUAGCCCAGUUCGUGACGUACCGAUCCUCACCUUGAGCGCAAGCAUGUUUUUGCCCAAACAAAGCGUGUGGAACUUCCGCACGAAGCUGACAGGCUACGCAGCUGCGAGGCCAACGCCGACACCUGCACCACUCUCGGCGGUGGACGAGCGGGAUACGUUCCCAUUCGACGGACAAGAGUUGGCACAAGCUGCCAUGCUGGAGCAGCAUGAGCUGUGGGACCAAAUGGCUGUUGACGUGACCAGGUACUCACUUUCGCCAGGGCUGAUCUCGGGGAACACAGUUGUGGAUGACCGAACGUUCCGAUUUUCGCUCAUGAUGGGAGAAGCCUUCGUGCUACAGGAAAGUGGCGCCGAGAAAUGA